CCCGUGGCCCCGAGGAAUUCGUCAGAGAAGUGACAAACCGUGAACAACGAGAAAAAAGUCCGAAUAGGCGGCGGCCUCUGCCGUUUAUCUUCGUUUCACGCGGCGAUCGACAACCCCAGAAAAGCCGGAAGAUGCGGUCUAGCCUGUUAAUAUUGGGUUGCUUCCUUUUCGUCUCCGUUCUCGGAGAUCCCAUAAGGACGAAGAAAGAAGCACCGUUAAGUCCACCUCCGAGUCAAUACAGUCCACCAUCGUCGUCUUAUGGAGUACCGAACGUAGGAAGCUCUUAUAAUGCACCAUCGUCGUCUUAUGGCGCCCCUCCGGCUGCGCCAUCUUCGUCUUACGGUGCGCCAUCGAGUUCUUACGGUGCCCCAUCGGCACCGUCCUCCUCCUACGGCGCCCCAUCGGCACCGUCCUCAUCCUACGGUGCUCCAGCAGCACCGUCCUCCUCCUACGGUGCCCCAUCAGCACCGUCCUCUUCCUACGGUGCCCCAUCGGCACUGUCUUCCUCCUACGGCGCGCCAUCAGCUCCGUCCUCUUCCUACGGUGCUCCAUCGGCACCUUCUUCCUCCUAUGGUGCCCCAUCGGCUCCAUCCUCCUCCUACGGAGCACCAUCCUCUUCGUACGGUGCCCCAUCUGGUCACGGAUCCUUCGGCGGUGACUCCGGCUACAGCAGCGGAGGAUCAUUCGGCGACGAUCACGGCGGUCACGGCGGCGGCGGUGGCGGCGGUGGCGGCGGGGGUCAUGGGUCAUUUGGCGGCGAUCACGGCGGACACGGUGGCGGAGGCGGUGGCGGAGGUCAUGGGUCGUUCGGAGGAGACUCGGGCUCCUUCGGCGGAGGUCAUCACGACGGCGGAGGAGUGUCGACUUCUUACGGAGCCCCGUCGCAAUCCUACGGUCCCCCGUCGCAAUCUUAUGGACCUCCGGCUCAAUCGUACGGACCACCGCAGCCUCAAGGCAGAUGGGAGAAGAAGUUGAUCUGGAAGCCGGAAUGGAAGCAGAUCUGGAAGACGGAGCAGAAGCUGGCCUGGAAGCAGGAAUGGAAGAAGGUCCAGGUCCCGGUGUGGAAGGAGGUCCAGGUCCCGGCCUGGAAAGAGGUGAAAGUGCCGGCCUGGAAGAAGGUGCAGAAGCCGGUCUGGAAGGAGAUCCAGGUACCGGCGUGGAAGGAGGUCCAGGUCCCUGCUUGGAAGAAGGUCUGGAAGCCGGUGUGGAAGGAGAUCCAGGUGCCGGCUUGGAAGGAGGUCCAAGUGCCCGACUGGAAGAAGGUCUGGGUCCCCGAAUGGGUCAAGGUCGGCAUCCCCGGGGAACAAUACGUCGGCAAGGAUCACCACGGAUGGCAGUACACCAGCCACGAUCUUUGGAAGAAGAAGCUGAUCUGGAAGCCGGUGUGGAAGAAGAUCUGGCGCACGGAGAAGAAGCAGGUCUGGGUGAGCGACAAGAAGCUCGAGUGGAAGGCCGAGUGGAAGCAGAUCUGGAAGACCGAGAAGAAGCAGAUCUGGGUGAGCGACAAGAAGCUGGUCUGGAAGGAGGAGUCCGUUCAGGUUUGGGUGCCGGAGAAGAAGCAGAUCUGGGUCACGCAGAAGAAGCAGGUGUGGAAGGACGAGUGGAAGAGCAAGUGGGUGCCGAUUUGGAAGGAGGUGCAGGUACCCGCGUGGAAGAAGAUUUGGAAGCCCGUCUGGGAGAAAGUUUGGGUGGCCGCCGAGCCCCACCACGACGACCACCACGGCUACAAGUAGAUCCCUGCCGUGAGAUCCCGAUCGAUCCCCGUCCGGACGGCGAGCCGUCGUCGUUGUUCCGUUUCCCCACCCCGGUGUACCGACCGAGGAACAAGUACUCUGACUUUCUAGGAUCUUCGCUUGCCGGUAAUCGAUGCCCAAAUUGCUUUUCGGGAAAGCUGAACGUUGCCGUUGGCUCGCCGAGGCUGUCCGACUGGUGGCAGGAAAAAAGGAUCGAGACGGCAAACCGAGGAAAGGCACUCUAGUGUAGCGAUGCUAUCGGAGAACCGAUCGUUCCUUAUCGGUGCACAGGAUGCGGUAAACUCGUCCGAUUCGUUAUUAAAAGGUCUUGGCACCGCGAGAUCAGUCGUCUUCAGAACUUGGCGCACAGCAAUGCUACUUGGUACGUUGUUUACUUUUCUGGAAACUCGUUGUUGACUGUUGGUGCAGAGAUCCGGUAAACUCGUACCAUUUGCUGCUGGAACCAUUUGCUGCUCUUGGUACCACGAGAUCGGUCCUUUCGAGGAUUUUGCACACAGCAACGCUGCUCGGUGCAUCGGUGCAUCAUCUCGUAUAAUUAACUACCUUCGAAUCUUGAUACCACGAGUCUGGCCUUGCCAAGAACUUGGCACACGAUACAUUAGCCUAGACAACGCGAAUAAAAGCCACGAUUCAUCGAGGCUUGGACCAGCUUCGAAAUUCCCCAGGACGUGAAAAUGAUCCACGGGAUCGCAGCAGCAUUGUACGAGUCCGCCGACUGGAAAAGCAAACGAUUUUGUGGUCGAUCCUUUGAAUCGCGGUUACAAUGAAAGUUACCGUGCUUAUUUCACUUAUGGUACACGCUGCCGGGGAUUAGAGAUCGACUUGAAAAUUCGCUGCACGAGCCAGAACCCGAUCUCCGCGAUGGAACUCGAUUGUCGCGGGAUCGUGAGAAAAAGCGAUCUAACGGCGAACGAUGACGGCCAGGAAUACUACGAAAGAAAGAACAACUAAGAGAGAGAGAGAGAGAGAGAGAGAGAGAGAGAGAGACGUUUUCGUGGUGCACGCCGGGAAGUAGCGUAGAGUAAAAAAAUAAGGAGAGAGUUCUCUCUCCGGAGAUCUCCCGGCGACGAGAUCAGGACACGAGAAUCGUAGCGCAGCGUUUGCGAGUCCGUUUUCUUUAUUUGCGAAGAGUCCGCUGUGAGAUGCAGCAUCGUGGACCACUGUAUCGUAAUGGACGAUUCGCGACCCGUCGAAUGUAAUUAGCUCCCAAUUGUAAAUAACCGUUGUUCGCGGAGGUACACGCCUAUCGAUAUUUUUGUACGAUGUUUAUGUAUGUUGUCGUAAUAAAAUACCGUUUUUUUUUA